AAAAGAAAGGCGGUAAAUAAGAGUUGUUACGUGUCUUUUGCAAAGUUAGUUUUGUGGACCUUAGGUGCUUGCGAAAAGCGCUACUGUUAACUUUCUACUAGAAAACAACCACUGAAGUUUUGCUUAAACGAUAUAUAUGACUCAAAUGGAAGCUUAGGCCUAGAUACUAAUAUCGGAAGACUUGAUCUCGUGGCAGCUAAAUGGCGUCACCUUUACCUCCAGUUGACAUUGAACAACAGAACAUUAUUGAUAAAUUGGCCGAGUUUGUGGCCAGGAAUGGGCCGGAAUUCGAAGCUCUAACAAUCGAAAAACAGAGAGACAACCCGAAGUUUGCAUUUCUCCGAGGUGGCGAGUUUCACGAAUACUAUAUCUUUAGAGUAAACGAAGCUCGUAAAGUUUGGCAGCAGCAAUAUCCAAUGAAAGAUAAAUCUUUUCAGGGUUUUGAUUGCAGGACCAACCGCGUUAAUAUGAAUGAUCAAUGGGAUCAGUAUGCUGGAGGCGCUGAUCACUGGCAGCGUUAUGGGCCAACACCCCAAGGACAUUGUAAUUGGGGUGGUCCAGACCCAUCCUGGUAUACAAAACCACAGUGGCCGUCUUAUCCGCAAGGUGUGCGUAUGCAUGGCGGUCCGCCUGCUUAUCCAUAUCAUCCUCACCCCGACACAGUAGAUUAUCAUCAUGGGAACUAUAAUAAUCAUCCUCAGUAUGGCUACCCUACACAACAAGGAGCAUUUCCACCUCAGCAAUAUCCUUUUGGGCCUGAUUCUUAUCAUGCACCAAGACCUUCAUAUGAGUACCAGGUUUCUAAUAGUUCUGAAUUGGGAGAAGCUGAUAUUGAACAGAGUGAAAAAAAUUUGGCCGCUCAACAUGAAUCAUUACUCACUCGUCAAGAAGCUGAGAUCCAUGAGCUCUUGGACCGUAAAAGAGAGGAGAAUGUUCGGAAAGUGGGGGAAAAAUUAAAUAUGUCUUGGGAGCAGAUGAAUGAGAUGAUUCAACCACUCAUUGAAGCAUGUACAAAAGAAAACAUAUCAAAAGGGAAAUCUUGGAUUGUUGACAAGAUGACAGAAUCACCUGAACUAACCAAGCUAAUGUCUGACUAUCUAAUAACUCGUGCCAGUGCUAUUCAUGUUUCUUUCGAUCUAAGACUUCAUUUAGUUUACCUAUUGAACGAUUUGCUUCAUCACUCUAAACGUCGUGGUGCUCCUGUUCAUUUACAGGAAGCCUUACAAGAAACGGUACCAAUAGUAUUCUGUCUGGCGACUGAGAUUGCCGAUGAUGAACAAAGAGCUAAAAUUAAUCGUGUUUUAAGCUUAUGGGAAACCAACUCGUAUCUUCCAAUCGAGGUGUUGGUGAAAAUGCGACCACCGGAGUCAUCAAAAUUCUUAGCAGAAUGGAAAGAAACUCAAUCAAAGCCGUAUGAAAUUGAAAUAGACAAAAUAAAAGCAGAUAUUAAUAAUCAAUACACUAGUCUUGAACGACAACAUCAAGAGUUUGCAGAUCAUGUUCGUCGUCAGUUAGCGUCAUCACUUUCUGAUAAGUCUGAUGAACCUAGAUCUGAUAAUCAUCAUUCACAGUAUGGAUCAUCUCAUCAUCCUAUACAGAACAUGGAUCCAAACUUCACUUAUUGGGGUCCACCGCCUCGGGCUUCUGGUGCAUAUGAUAUCGGUUCACAAGACAUGAUGGCUGGUUCAGAUAUGCGGGAUAUGCAACAUCGAUUACCUAGUUAUCCAUCUUCCCACAUACCAGGUUAUACAUGCCCUUCUGGUGGCGUUGGUGGACCAGGUUAUCCCCCUCAAAUGGGAUGGUCACCAGGUCAACCUGAUUCCUCUAAAUGGAAUCAGUCUAUGUCAAGUUAUAACUCUCAGUCUGCACACAGAAACCUUGGUGGUCAUGAAUUAAGCAGCAAUGUAUAUAUCGAAGGCGAUGAACCGGAGGACGAACAAUCGCACUAUCCUGCUUCAUCGUAUGAUUGUGCUUCCUAUGGAGGUUAUUAUAAUAAGAAUGAGUAUCGGCAAUAUGAAGAGCCUAUCCGUGGUGGCAGAGAUGGGAGAGACAACCAAAGUAAUCGAGAAGAGAAACCUCGGGCAUUUCGUGGCAAUCGUCCUUCAAGAUUUUCUUCAGCCCCAUCACACUCUGAAACCUGUAAUGAAAAGAAGGCUGAUACUAACGAUAAUGCUAAAAAAGCUGUUGCUACUGAAGAGAAUUUGACACUCAAAACCGAAAUGGAAGCUUUGAAAGAUUUAGAAAAUUCAACUCCACAAGUCACUGACUCUUAUGAUAUCAACCAAAAGUUUCCAGCAUGGCAGUUACCUGCAGGAUUGAUGCAUCCGUUAAUUAAGCUGAAAGACUUUGACUUUACACCUAUCAAUGAAAACAGUCUUCAACUAUUAUCUCCUAGUACACCAUCUGAGCGGUUACUCAUGGCACUUGAAAAUUUCUACAUGCCACCCACACCUGAUAGACCGCGUGACGGUGAAGGAUGGGAACACUUAGGCCUUAGUGAAUUCUGUGCGAAAAAAGAAAAAGCUCGUCCUGUGGAACUGAAAGAAAAGGAAGAGAAAGACAACACUACUGGUAAAGGAAAACCAAAUCGACGUAGACAACAUAGUGGGGUAGUUACGCAAGCAGCCAUUCAGAAUAUGAUUUCGCUAACGAGUUGGCUCCAGAUAUUCAGCAUGAUGGUGUCAUUGAUGUCAAUAGACCGUUUUCUCGGGAUGUCAUGGACACUGAAGUUCCCAUGGGACCGCCACAUCUAGCACAUAUAACAGCGUACCCCAAAGCUGCAGUCGGUCAACCUCUCAGGACUGGUGUUGAAGCACUGACAUUGGCUCCUCCUCCUAUGCAGUGUAUGCAAGGGCAGCUGACACACAAUUACAGCGCCUACAAGACAGCUGGGAUUCAGCCUGGGAUUCCUAUCCCUGUUCCUCCGUUGCCAGGUUUAUUGGGUGCGAUACCACCUGGACCAAGUGGAUUCCCUAAUACAAGUUUCUUACAGUUUCCUCCUCCUGUGAAUCAACCACCUCCGGCACUUCCUUUGCCUCAGGGUCUAAUCCAAAGGCCUCCUCCAGGAUUUUCUGCUGAUCGUUUUGAAUCUCGUAGAUCACGAUCCCGUUCUAGGUACCUUUCAUUAUAUUGUUUCUAAUAUUGAAGUAAAGAAUGUCUUACGUAGAUCAUUUGAACAUUCUUACCCUACGGUUCAAUAUGGGAACUGCUGAUAAUAAGAGUAAUGUCAAUGUGAAUGGUAAACGUACUGUACGGAGAUUUAGCAGACUUUUGAAGGUGUAUUAGGAUGAGAGCGAAAACAGCACAAUAUGUCCAUGGCUAUAUGGUCAAGCAAGCUUGGGGUUUGUAUUCAAAAAGAGCUAGUAGCAAGCAACCUUACUCUUUCUCUGACCUUCCAUUAACUUGACACCAUUCCUUCAUCUUUACAUUCUUCUUCUACUUUUUCUUUCCUUAUUUUCAACAGUUUUAGUCGCAUUGUCCUCCGUUUUCCCCUCUUACCUUUAAAAUCCUACUAAAUUUUAGCACUCGUUUAUGAUUCGUAUUAUUAUUACUUGCAGUACUACCCUAUCUCAACCAUUUCACACGAUGACUAUUUUAUGCUGAAAUAUCCAUUCCAUUUCAAGCCUUCCGGUCUAUUCAUGUCAUUUUCUGUUCUAAUCAGAUACCAAACAUAUCGCAACCUUGAAAAUGAUUAUUAAGUUUCCUUCUCCAUGCUCUAUUCAUUGAGUAUAAUUAGUCAUCAGUCAUUUAAAACUUACAAUUUGAAUGCAACUUAUCACCUCAGUUGGUAUACAUAUAUGGUUAAUGAAGCUUUCUGAGAUGGUCAUAGUUUAGCAGAUCGAAGUUACUGAUUCUCAGAAAUGAUUGAAGGUAAAAUGAAACCCUGGGUCGUUGCGGGAUUCGAACGAGCUAUUUCUUGAUUCAGCUCCACUUGGAUCGACACAAGAAGACCUGGUUGAACAACUAUGAUUACAAUAAACGGACAGUAGCCUACCAUGGGUCCACAAAGUAACUGGAUGAAACAAUUUCAUGGUCCAAGUUCAAACCUACUCAGCAGUUGGGUCCCGUAGCUGAGUCGUUAGAUAGCCCGGCCAGUAACCUGGAGGCCGCUAUUUAUCAUCAUACGGUAUCAGUACGUGCAUAAGUCACUUUAUCAUCUACAAACUUAGAUCUAUCUAAUUUUAAUUUCACAUCGACAUUAAAAUGUAUUUACCGUAAAUUUGGCUGUUGCUGUAUUGAUGUAUUUGCUUUAUAACUGUAGAACUCUAUGAGAAUUAUUCAAAAAGAAUAUUCUGUAUUCAUAUUUGACUUUUAAUGCAUGCGAUAGAAAUCUUAAAGUCAUAAUUUAUAUUCUUAUCUUAAUUUUACCUCUGGAUUUUUCUUUGACAGAUCUGAUUCACGUUCAAAGUCUCACUCACGUUCUGGUGGUUCACGUUCUCGGGAGUUUCGUUCUCGUUCAAGAUCACGAUCUGAGUCUCGUAGUUCUCAAAGUAGAUCGCGAUCACGUUCUGAUUCUCGUGAUUCUCGUUCUAAGUCUCCGUCACCUCGGCAUGACGAUGAAACUAGUAGUAGCCAGUCCCAUGGGUUUUCCAGGAGUCGAAGACGCAACAGAUCACGCUCGCGUAGUUCAGGUUCACCGUUUGCACGAUUUACUUCGGCUCCUGGACCUGGUGGUAUUGGGUCAGGUGGCAGUGGAGGUAGUAGUAGUGGUGGUGGUGGUAAUAUGAAUGCUGCUCGGGCUGCUGCGAUGGCAGCCGCUGUUUCUAUAGCCAACUCAAUCAAUGCGCAGUCCGGAUGGCCUAACAACCACAACAACAGUAACCAUAAUAAUAACGUGGUUAAUAAUGCAUUUAAUAAUCAAGGUUUCGGUGGACCCGCUCUUUUACCCGGAGGUCCAUAUGCAGAUUCUAACAGAAUCACUUACUACGGUGGUGGAUAUCAAUCAAAUCAAGGACAACCAAAUCGUGGUAGUGGAGGCGGUUCACGUGGUGGUUUUAAUUCUGGUAGUAUGCCAGUACGAGGUGGUGGUGGUGGUGGUGGUAUGAGAUACCAUGGAUCAGAUGAUCGCUUCUAUCCGCCUCCACGUGAUCAUCAACGUCGAUAAGAAAUGUGCUGUCAGUUCAUGAAAUACUUUUGAAUAAUUACCAUACCUAAUAACUUCUUUAUUGUUUCUAUUAAUGGUUAUCACUAGUGUAACUGUAAAUUUCAGCACUUCAAAUAAAAUGAUUCACUGUUG